CGCGGCCACCUGCAGGAUCACCACCAGGGACAGACGCCAACCUGAACGUGGUCAAAAGGUGUGACAAAGCAGUCCGAGCGCGGGAACUUGGCGUAUUAGCUGCUCCCAUCCUCCCAUUGGUUUAUCAUUUAUGUGAACUGAAGAUAUUCUGCUCUUACCAGCGCCUCUAGCAAACCCGAGUUUUGUCAAAAAAAAUAAAAAAUAAAAAAAUCCCAUUCCGCAACCCUUCUUUGACGUUGACCUCCAUUUGCUUGGUUGCUGACAAUGCCCUUUUCCUCUGUCGUACUCACCGAUCACGCGCUGAACGAUCAUCUCAUUCGACUUGCAGACGAUCCAUUUCAUCAAGUACCCCCCAGACUGCUCUCCCUCUCCCUCUCCCUCCUCCUUCCCCCCUCCCCACCCCCCCACCUUCUCCUCCUCCUUUGUGGUGUCUGCCCUCCCGAGCAUAAUCUCCACACCGUCUGCAGACUGUUAACUUCAAUUCGGUAGCGCGAUACUGGCCCCUCUCUCACCACAUAUCAAUGAUCUUAUCAAUCCCGCCUAUUAACUCGAAAGAGACCUGGCAACAGUAAAGCACUGGCUACGUCGCCAGUAAACGGGAAGGGUUCCGUUGACCGUUGACGCCUCCGUAGGCAGUAAAGCACUGGCUACGUCGCCAGUAAACGGGAAGGGGUCCCCGUAUUUGCUUAGCGUAAACAGCUUUUACUCUACACGGCCUGACUGAAGCUACAACUUUAGCGGAGGCGUUGAUGGGCCACGUUGACCGUGUCUUUCUUGUCUGUCCCAACGUACAUCCGUCGAUCCAGCGGAGGGCCAUUCUGUGGCAUUCUGUGGCAUUCUGUUGUUUGUUCGGCGGCAGGGGUUGCCGUAUUCAUGUGUUGGAGGCUUAAUGAUGUAAAAGUCGUCAUAAGGAUUAUCAGCUGAUAGAGGUUGAUUGUUUCGACAGGGUAUCUUACGAGAAAAAAAACACCGUCAAUAAUGUGAGGUGGGGUGCUGAAACCCUCAGGGGCUGCAGAUGUGGCCGCCAGGAAGAAGUCCGCUAUCCGUCUCCCAGCCCCAUCAGACGGUGUAAUUUGUCCGUUAGUUUGCUGACCAACCGGCUCUUAAAUCCAGAGUCAAGUGGUGCGGGAGAGGAACGUGGCUAAGAAGCCGUUCUCUCUCAUCUUUUACUCUCUCUCUCUCUCUCUCUCUCUCUCUCUCUCUCUCUCUCUCUCUCUCUCUCUGUGUGUGUGUGUGUGUGUGUGUGUGUCUUCCUCCCUCGUCUUUCGUUGGCGAUCGAGAUCCACGUCCAUUGAUUGGUAAUCUCGCUUCGGUAAUCUCAGCAUCAUUCCCUCCCUCCCUCCCUCCCUCCCUCCCUCCCUCCCUCUCCCUCCGUCCGUCACUCUCUCUUCCUUCUGUUGCAGUUCAGAUCUGCAUCUGUUGAUUGAUAGCUUGGUUACUCGUUCGAUCGAUUGAUAGGUGGAACAGUGAGGACGAAGGUGGGCCAUUUCUCUGGACGGGAACUUGGAUUUUUGAAGGGGUCGGUGUCUUUUUGCGUUGUGUAACAGAUCAGAGAGUGGGAGAGGAACGAGGGAGGGGAAGAGUAGAGGGGAAGAAUGGCAGGAGCUGCUGGGGGAUCGCCGGCUAUGGUGAUUGCCGGGCUGGAUCCGCCUGUGUUUGUGGCCGCUGCAGUAGGAGCCGUCACACUUGUUUUGCUGGUCGUGCUGUUUGUGUUCCGUCUUCCUCCUGGUGCUUCGUCUCCGUCGUCGUCGUCGUCGUCGUUGACUUCGACCAAGGCCACCAGUGUCGAUGACGACAAACCCGUGCGAAAGCAAAACACUCAUGCCACGUCAGCGGGAUCGAGGAAAAAGGCGCCAACGCAUUCGCAUUCUCAUUGGAAGGCCUCUGGCGGCGGCGCCGAGAAGGCGCAGCAGCAUCGGCAUCCCCUUUGCUUUAACACUGUGAAGGGCCAUACGGACGCGGUCACGGGGUUGCACUUCUCUCCCGACGGGCGUAAUCUUGCGACUGCCUGUACAGAUAGAGUGAUUAGGGUAUUCAAGGUUGCGGACAUAACCGCCAAAAGCUUCAAGUUUUUGAGAAUUGACCUACCGGUCGGGAUAAUGCCGGUCGACGUGGCAGUCGGGGGCAACGCGUCGGAGGUGGUAGUGGCGGGGCAGAUCUUGUCCGGUGCCUCGCUGUCUCUCUACGCGCCCGCAAGCACAGCAGUGUCGGCGGCGGCGGGGAAGGGCGACGACUUCAAGCUCCCAGAGCCGGAGUUGAAGUGGGAAAAGCGUCGAGUGCAUGAUAAUAGAUCCAUUAUCAAACUGUCUGCAGCCUCGAUGACCCAUGGGCAGCAUGCCAAGGGCGGGGUAAUCGUGGCCACGUGCUCUGAAGGGACCGAUGUGAAAGUCUGGACGAUUGCAGAUGGGCGAUGCGUCGGGACCGUAGACUCCAAUCAACUGUGCAAUCAUAUGGCAGCGCUGUCUCCCAGCGGGCGAUUCUUAGCGGCUGCUGCUUUCACUGGCGAUGUGAAGAUUUGGGAGGUGUGCACGGCCAAGGACGGACAAGUGAAGGAGGUAGCCAGGGCGAUGCAGCUGAAAGGGCACAAGAGCGCCGUCACGUGGCUCUGCUUUGCUCACGACUCGGAGAAGGUGGUUACUGCUUCGAAGGACGGGAAAAUCAAAGUUUGGAACAUCAACGUUAGAUAUGAGUUGAGCGAGGAUCCGCGCUGCUUGCACACUUUCGACAUUCCCGAAAACGCUAAUCAGCAGAAGGGUGGUGUGCAUUACUUCGACAAGUUGGCGCUCUCUCCAGAUGACAGAAUUUUGGCAUGCACGAUCGGGUGUACGCUUUGUUGGCUGGACAUGGAGACGGGGGAGGUGAUCGACACGGCAGAGAACGCUCAUGAUGGACACGUGUCGUGCUUGGAAUGGUCCCCGCAACGACACAACACUGGGAAAGGAGUCAAUGCAAUGGUGCUUGCCACGGGUGGUCCCGAUCGGAAAGUUAAACUGUGGGAUGCGCCGGUCAGAGACCCAUCAAGAGGAGCGGGAAAAACGUAGAGAAGGUGGGAGGUGAUUGGUUUUGUAAGGCAAAUUCGUAGUAGCAAUUAGGAGAGAGGGAGGGAGAGAGAGAGGGAGGUAGGUGCGGCUUUCAAUCAUCAUCUGUCUUUCUGUUACUGACGUGGAAGGAAGGGGGAGGGUCGAUCAGCUCGUAAGAAUUUGAAAGAUGAUGAAAGAGGAAAAAGUGGAUGGGGAAAAAGUUUUAAGUUUUAACCGUUAUUAUUUGAUGGAGUAGCAGUCCUCUGGACUGUAUGUAUGUGGGGCGGUUGAAAUGUCAUGUGUACACAGUGACACUGUGUUCUUUUGUUUUUUGCUUUUCACCAACUUGUUUCUUUGCUGUUCACAGCGGCCCCCCCUUCCCUACCACGUCCGCUUUAUUCUUGCUGCAAGCGGCGGCCGUUUAUUCUCGUUUGUCUUUUAUUCCUUUUCGCUUGAGUAAAUUACCGAAAACUCU